CUUUGAUGGAACCCGUCCCGAUCACGCUGGCCGGGGCUGAUACCCCACCAGUCUUGCUCAUAAAUUGCCACCAACGACCUGGAAGGCAUGACCACCAUUUGCUCCUGGCCACUCUCCCAACUCGGUGGAGACUUCGACAUGCCAGCUGACUUCCACCUCCCGGAAAGUCUGUCUUCUGCAGCCGUUGCAAAGUACUUCUCUGCCAUCCACAAAAUGGAGCAGAUGGUGAUGUUCCCCAGCCUCCUCCGCGGGGUCACCUUCAAAGAGCAGGAGGAUGGCUUUGGGGCUGGCUCAGUGGACAAAGACUUGUUUGAACAUUUCACGCUGCUGAAAUCUGGCAGGGGGAUGUUGGAAGGUGGGCUUCUCCCUCUGAGAAAAGAGAAGCCGCAGGUUAUUCCCCAAGUGAAGGAGGAGAACAUGGAGAAGGACAACCUUGAAGACAUCUUAUAUUACCACUUGUCCAGUUUGUACCGUGUCCUCCAUCACUUGACCCAGAGAGCUGAUGCUGUCACCUCCAAAUACAAUGAAAUUAUGGGACGGAUCAGCCAGAGCUAAGGGGCUGAGUAACACCCGCUAGGAAACAGCCAGAGGUAAGAUGUUUCCUUUUCUACAUCUGGGAGGGUUCCUUUCUUGAGCUUGGGGCCUUCAAUUUUAUUUUCCUGCUGAGAGAUUCUUGUCAGGGUCAGCAUCACAUCACUGCACUGGGCAUGGCCAACGUUUAUCGCCUACUCUUUUCCAGGAG